UCUUCCUAUCGGCUGAAAGCCACCGCAAUGCUUCGAAAUUACAUCAUAUCUCUAGCCUGGCUGUUGGGCAUGGUGCAAGCGGCACCCUCGGAAAACUCCAAACUCCAUCACCCUCCUAACGUGUUUUCAAAAACAGAUAAAUAUCCUUUUCCAAAUCAAGGCCACAUCCACGCUCAUGACCCUAAUAUCGUGCAGCACGACAAUAAUUUCUACCUGUUCAAAGGAGGGAUCCAAGUCCCCAUAUUCAAAUCAUCCAGUCUGUCAGGGCCCUGGACGAAGGUUGGCACAGUCCUAGACGGCCCCUCAGUCAUCGAAAAACAAAACCGCACGCGCCCCUGGGCUCCAACGACUGUGGAAUGGAAAGGGAAGUUUUACUGUUUCUAUACUAUCAGCCAAGACGGAGUUCGCAAUAGCGCUAUCGGCGUUGCAAGUACAGACUCGAUCGAAAGUGGCUGGACAGACCAUGGAGGCCUGAUCUACACUGAAAAAGGGCCUUUGGCCCAGGUCUGGCCAUAUACCGUGUCCAAUGCUAUUGAUGCCUCAUUCAUAGCAGACCAAAAAACUGGACAGCCGUACCUGCAAUUCGGAAGCUACUGGCAUGGUAUUUUCCAAGUGCCCUUGGCCGAUGACUUGCUGUCCGUCAAGAACCCCGAGCAUCCAGCCGCGAAGAAUUUGGUGCAUCUACCAGAUGGAAAUCCGAAGCCGGAUGAAGGGUCUUUUAUGAGCUAUAAGGAGCCCUACUAUUAUUUGUGGUUCAGUCAUGGAAAAUGCUGUCAGUUUAACAAAGGUUUCCCAACUAUGGGGCAGGAGUACAGUAUCCGUGUUGGAAGGUCAAAGGAUGUGCGAGGCCCGUUUGUGGACAAGGAUGGAAAGGAACUGACAGAGGGCGGCGGCAACACUGUCUACGACUCGAACCAUGGAAUCGUCUAUGCUCCCGGUGGACUCGGUGUGCUGCCUGCCAAUACCACGGAUCCAGACGUUUUAUAUUACCAUUACCUUAACACAAGUAUCGGAUUCUCGCAUGGCGAUGCCCUUCUAGGUUGGAACUAUCUCGACUACGAGGAUGGCUGGCCUGUCGCAAGAGGAACGGAGAACUUCGCAGCUACUGUUCGGCCUAACUACUCCUUCAUCGUGGCCGCCAUGUUGUGUAUGUGUUGCUUGGCUCUGAUUCUACUUCCAGUUCGCUUUACUGGUCAAAAGCUCAUACUACCCUUUAUUUUACUAGUCGCGACAGGCUUUCUAUGGCUCCACGGGUGA